CAAGCGCGCUCCGUCGCCGUCCUCCACUGAAUCGAGUGGCUGCUCCUCCUCCACUCCCCACUCUGUCGACUUAUCUCCGGCCCACGCCGCCUGGACCGCAGGAUACAUUGGCGAGCGAGCAGGGGAGCGGAGCGAGCGCCGGCGCCCGGCGGCGACGUGCCGGAGAGGAGCAUGGAGGCCGCGCGCCGGCGACGCCAUCCUACAGUGAACAGGAUAAACAGAGCUGCUCAAAUGGAUGGUGGUGCUCCCUUCCGAGUGUAUCAGCUCCUGAUGGCCCGAUGCCACAAACAGAGGAGCGUAUUCUUCUAGCUCCACUGGUUUCGAACUCUGAGAAUUCUUGCCAACAAUAGCAUCUAGUUUGUUGCAUUUCUGAGCAGACGGACACUUCUCCUCUGUGUUCUUUAGGUUGGUGUGCUAUCGCUUGUAGAUGAUCCAGAGUUACUACAGCUUGUGGAGGUUGAGCUUCGAGCAGAGCUUCUCAAUUUCUACAAGUACCCUGGUGAUGAGGUUCAUAUCAUCCAUAGAUCUGCCCUGUCAUCCUUGGAUGGCCAUGGUUAUCCUCCCCCUCCUCCUGCUCCGCGUGCCUCUCACCGCUGCCCAAACGUGGCCAUCCUGUGGUGAGAGCGGCGACUACAAAUCAAAUAGCACAUACGAAGCCAACCUUAGGCUCCUCUCAUCCACCCUCCCGAAGAAAGCAGCGUCCAACACGACCCUCUUCGCCACCGACACUGUUGGCAAUGUUCCGAAUGUCAUCUUUGCCCUCGCACUCUGCCGUGGAGACUCCAACUCCUCUGCCUGCGAGGGCUGUUUGGUUAACGCCUUCCAGGACGGGCAGGAGCACUGCGCGAACAAUAUGGACGCCACCGUGUACUACGAUAACAAUCCCUGCAUGCUCAGGUUCUCCAACCAGAAUUUUCUCGCCACCACCGCCAAUGACCAUAUGCUCGUCAUUGUGAGCAUCGAGAGCUUGAUGAUGAACAUCCCGACAAGAGCCGACUCCUUCAAGCUCUUGUUGUUCACGCUUCUGAACAGCACGGCUCAAUCCGCCGCGAACAGCUCGAGGAGGUUCACCACCUCGCGCUUAGACGUCAACUCCUUCCCUACGCUCUACUGCCUUAUGCAGUGCACGCCAGACCUGACCGCCGACGACUGCACCGCAUGUUUGCAGCCUUACUUCCAGUAUACAGUCAAAUACAUGGAUGGUAAGAAAGGUGGUCGAGUACUGGGGACACGGUGUAGCAUGAGGUACGAGAUAUUCCCAUUCUUCCAAGGGGACCCCAUGCUGCGUAUUAUCAACUUGGUAUCUGAAGUUCCGGCGAUCAACAACACCGUGCCACUGAUUACCGUGAACCCACCUCCGCAGUCGCAGUCGCCGGUUGCGGCAGCACCACCUCCGGAGGCGCAAGCGACCACCCAAGAAAUUCAUGGACGCAACUCACGCCAGAGGCCGCUCUGGAUUAUCGCUGUGGCAGCUCCAUUACUGUCAAUAUUUCUGUGCGUUAUCUGUUUUGUUGUAUGGAUGAGAAGGCGAAGAAAAGGAACGGAAAUCUUACAUGAUCAAGCUGCCAUGAAUAGGCCGGACGAAGACGCAUUGGUUUGGAGAUUGGAAGAGAAGAGUUCAGAGUUCACUCUGUUUGACUUAUCAGAGGUAUUGCGUGCUACACACAACUUCUCCAAAGAAAACCUACUUGGGCAAGGUGGUUUUGGCCCUGUCUACAAGUUUUGUACAUACUUCCAGGGCCGGUUACCAGAUGGAACAGAAAUUGCAGUUAAAAGGCUUGCCUCACAUUCAGGACAGGGUUUCACAGAAUUCAAAAAUGAAGUUGAACUUAUUGCGAAAUUACAGCACAAUAAUCUGGUCAAGCUCAUAGGAUGCUGCAUUGAGGGAGAGGAAAAACUUUUGGUGUACGAAUAUUUGCCAAAUAAGAGCUUGGACUUCUUCAUCUUUGAUGUUAACCGAACAACUUUGGUUGGUUGGAAUAAAAGAUGUGUGAUAAUCGAAGGGAUAGCCCAAGGUCUACUGUAUCUCCACAAGCACUCUCGGUUGCGCAUCAUACACAGAGACCUUAAGGCCAGCAACAUUCUCUUGGACCAGGACAUGAAUCCUAAAAUUUCUGAUUUUGGGCUAGCAAAAAUUUUCAGCUCCAAUGAUACUCAAGGAAGCACAAAGAAGGUGGUGGGAACAUAUGGUUAUAUGGCUCCGGAGUAUGCAUCUGAAGGAAUUUACUCGAUCAAAUCUGACGUGUUCAGUUUUGGUGUGUUGCUUCUCGAGAUCCUUAGUGGAAAAAGGAAUUCUGGUUUCCAUCAGCAUGACGACUUUCUUAACCUCCUUGGAUAUUCAUGGCAUCUCUGGGAAGGAGGGAGAUGUCUUGAGCUUCUAGAAACAUCGAUUGUUGAGGAGAUCCAUGCAGCAGAGGCUAGUAGGUACAUUAACAUUGCGCUAAUGUGCGUACAAGAGCGCGCAGACAAUCGACCAACCAUGUCGACUGUCGUUGCAAUGUUAAACAACGAGAAUUUUAUUCUUCCAGAGCCUAAACAUCCAGCAUACUUCAACCUAAGGGUAUCUAAGGAAGAUGAAUCGGGUAGUGUUCCAUACAGUAAUAAUGCCGACACCAUCUGCAGUAAUAAUGACUUGACCAUCACUGAGGAGCCAGAUGGCAGAUAGUUGAUCACUUUGCUUCAGUUGUUGAUUGAAGUGCUAGUAAUCAGACAGCAGGCAGGCAGACCAGGUCAAGUGAACUAGGGCUGACCAAGUAAGCCUAUCAUAUUUUGGUUGUUCGGUCCUCAGUUAAUAUUGUAUUUAGCUUUUGUGCACCGCACCAUCAUUUUACACUGGUGGCUGCUGUCGUAGAAGACUUGAAAUCUAAAGGAUUUCAAUCUGACAACAGAUGCAUUAACUGAAUCCUGCUGGGUAAAAUAUGUGUUGCAUCUAUAUGCGCCUUCCAUGUUUUCUUCCAAGUUAAUUCCGUUGGCGUGCAAGGUUAGCUAGAGUCAUGGAAACCUUGAGGCCAUAACUGAUAAGGUUCCGGUACUGCAGUUAAUCUGUUCGAGCUCGUAGCAGUUCCACACUGUUACGAAAAGAUGCA